AUGCCAAAGCUCAAGGCAGGAGCUGAGCAUUUCCGUGGUAUAACUACAAACUCAUCGACCAUACCUCUUUGUCAGAUCGAGUUACUGGUCACAUUCGGCGCACCCGACAAGUUCCAUACAAAGAAGCUGACCUUCGAUGUUGGAUACUUCAAGAUGACAUACAAUGUGAUCCUAGGCUGCCCAAUGUUAGACAAGUUCAUGGUCAUGGUGCAUUAUGCAUACCAUGUGGUCAAAAUCCCAAGUCCCAAAUGGGUCAUAACCGUCAAGGGAGAUCAACGUGCAGUGUUCAAGUGUGACAAGCAGAACAUAGAGAUAGUUGAGCAGUUCUAUCAAACGGCGACUACCUCGAGACACAUAGACUCUAAACAUCAGAGGCAUCAAGCCACCGGCAAGAGCAAGGACAAUGCUAAGGACUCCAAGCUCAUUUUUACUGAUACUUCCGGGUUCGAUGACUUUGCCAAGGGUGAGACCAACGACGAUACCAAGAAGUGGAAGGCUGAUGGUGGUAUCAAGGUAGUGCCCAUGGACCCAUCUUAG